GCCACAGAAGAAGAAGAAAAGCACAAGUUUUGCUCCCGUCCUAGAAGAAGAGCAUAUCCGGGAUAAACAAGGACAUGUGUUAGUAACCUUCUUGUGAGCACGUAUUUACCCUUGAGGUCUCGUUUUACACGUUAUACAGCCUAAUACUUACUGUUUAAUCAUCGAUCCCGUGUUUAAUGGCGGCCUGUACGCACGUGUCCCAGGUGCGCGCGCUGUACAAGAGGAUCCUCGUGCUGCACAGGUUUCUGCCCAUCCACCUGCGCGCGCUCGGGGACCAGUACGUGAAGGACGAGUUCAGACGGCACAAGAGCGCGGCCCCAGAGGAGGUCAGGAGCUUCAUGACAGAGUGGCAGAACUACAAGGACACCCUACAGACCCAGAUCUUGGAGUCCGAGGGCCAGCGCCUUGGCUUAGUCAAGUUCGGGGCCAACCUUUCAGAAGAACAUCUCAAGAACUUUCAGGAAGAGCAAAUUGGACAGCUGUAUGAACUCAUGCUGGAGUCCACCAAACCCAACAACCAGUUCAACAUCCAGGAGGACACUUUUACCAAGUGACACACAAAAAGAAAAAUUGGAACUUUCAUGAUGGUUUGUUGCUACAAAAGACGAGCAAUGACAAAACUGUGCAACAAUUGUGAGAUUUUUAGAUUAAUAAAUGCCCUAAUAUAUAAUUUAGCAAUUUUAUGACUGGACAGUAUGGUUAACGAGGUAGUAUUAUGCAAAAUUGAUAUUUGUGAGCUUUCUACCAUGUUAUAAUGCUGUUCCCUCAUCAAAAACAGGCUUAUAGAGAUUUUAGAUGUCAUUUAUGCAUGUUUGAGUAUUUUAGUGAGUUCUCCUGGGCCCUAUUUGAACCCUUCUUACAGUUAGCUGUAAGAUUCUGUGCAAUGCUCAGCCCACAAGCCUACGUCACCCAUGCUCCUACAUGACAAUUCUCCAUAAAUAUACAAAAAUAUGAUACAAAAUUGUACACGACUUGACAAACCUAAUGUGAUGUGUAACAGUUUCAUUAUCUCAAUGCCCGCUGAUGUGAUUGCUCUCUGUGCAAAGUCAGUCCCUCUUCAGAGCUCUAAGGGAGGGGAGACUGGGUGUCAAAAAAUGAACGUGAAACUUAUAAAACCUGUUAAUAUCGAUAUAUUUUCAGUGAAUAUAGAAUUGUCAAAACAAUAAAAGAUAACGUGGUUAUUUAAAUAUGUUACAUUUUAGUAGUUGUUACCCCUUCUUUAAAAAUGUUUAAAGUAAUAUUUCUUGCCUCAAGUGGAGCUCAAGUAUCUCGGGGUCUUGUUCAGGAGUGAGGGGAGGAUGGUUCAUGAGAUUAACAGACAGAUCAGUGCAGUGUCUGCAGUGGUUACUGUAUCAAACUGUUGUGGGGAAGUAGGAGCUGAGUCGAAAAGCAAAGUUCUGAAUUUAUAGGUCAAUCUACGUUCCUACCCUCGCCUAUGGUCAUGAACUUUGAGUAAUGACCGAAAGGAUAAAGUUGAUGAUACAAGCGGUUGAAAUGAGUUUCCUCCACAGGGUGGCUGGGCGCUCCCUUAGAGAUAAAGUGAAAAGCUUGGAGUGGAGCCGCUCUUCCAUGGUGAGAGGAGCAGCUGAGGUGGCUUGGCCGUCUUUUUCACUAUGCCUCCUGCACAUCUGUCCCAGGCAUGUUCCACCAGGAGGAGGCCCCAGGGAAGACCCAGGACACAAUGGAGUAACUAUGUAUCUUGGCUAGCCUGGAAAUGCUUUGGGGUCCCGCUGGAGGAGCUGGAGGACGUGUCUGGGGUGUGGGAAGUCUGGGAGUCCAUGCUUAGACUGCUGCCCCCGCGACCUGGAAGAAAAUGGAUGGAUGGAGAUACUCAAAUUACAGUUGACUAUAAAGCUAUUAGUUAAUUAUAUUAAGAAUCAAAGUGAGUUCAUUUAAUAUAAAAAACACUAUCAGUCCAUCACUAUUACAACUUUACUAAAGCGGGUGGAAAGCUGUUCAUUUUUGGAGUAUAGGCAGUCAAAACUUAGAAGUGUAAAACCCUCUGAAUUAUAUUGGUUUUUGCCAACCAAACCAAAAUGUAAUAUUACAUUUAGCUCCCCUGUGUCCCCUGUUGAUAGAUUUAUUCUGUAUAUUUAAAAGAGCACAAUGUAAGUUUUAAAGUUUUAAUUAUGUAGUUUUGACUGUAAUGUUCCACAUAAUAGCAUAAACGUGGCAAUCUCCUUGGAGACAAUCAAGUGAUAAAUAAAAGCUGUAUGAAUUUCAUGCCAUACUGUGUAACAUUCUAUUCACAUUCAGUUUUCUUUUUUCUUAGAAAGCCAUUAAAAUCAAUGCGUCCUGGCACACUGACACCUGUGGAGUGCAUGUUCCCCUGAUCCGCACCGUAGUUGGUGUAACGGGUAAUCUGCAAGUAACCUGCUCAAAGUAUGUACCAGACCAGCCUUGCAGUUAGUAUAAACUCGGUGUUGAUGACAUCAGCUGCAGCAUCAUUAGGAUGUAGCUGAAAACAGACAUUUGCUGUACACUCAUCAAAUGCGGGAAACUCAAAACAUGCAUGAAUCAAUCGAAAUACAAGUUAAUGAGUAAGCUAAUGAUGAGCUAACAGAUGUCUAAAAGCUCACAAAUCUGAUUUUGCAUAAUAUAUCCCCUUUAACAAUAAAACUCCGGUCUGGACAAAAAUGUUCAAACUCAUGGUUGAAUCUACAAACCCACGGACAACAGCACCUCCAGGACUGCAGGGCGUAACAAAACAGGAAGCUGCUCUUGAAUCACUCCUCUUCACUCGCACUUCAGUCGCUUCAGACGGAGAGUGCCACUCCAACACUGAGUCAGGCUUUUAGGAACAUUUGCUUUUUCCUCUAAGUGCUGUGUAAUAUCCUGUCCUUGUAUCUGGAACAAUAAAAAGAAGAUUGUUAUUGCUACUCACACAGACAGAGGUUGCAUUAAGGUGGCACUAAUUAGUCGCCUUGUCAACUUGUUUGCAUGAUUACAGUUUUGGAGUUCAUGGGCCCUUACAUCCGUAGUGCUGGUUUCUGCCUCAGCGCUGAUUUGUGAGGUUAAAAUAAAUAAAUAAAGACUGCAAAUGUUGCAAGCAUUUGACCAGUAAUUAAUUCCAACGAACAAAUGUCAAUCCAAGCAUGUAUGGAAAAAUACUAGAAAGCAACAUAAGUCAAACCCUGUCCUCUUCCCUAGACUUUCCACCUUUUCCAGGCAAUCAGAAAGUGAACAUUUUCUGAAUUCUGGAGGUUCUGAGCUUUCACAUGAGGAUUUAAUGUGGCUAGAAAUCAGUUUGUCUUCUCUAUCCUGCCCACAUGUAUUGUAUAAAAUGUUGACAAAAUGAUGAAGUUGAAAGAGUUAACUACUAAAAUAAAUGAGCUGCAUACUUAAUGUGAUUUUUGAACACCUCCAACCGAGCAUAUUUAAAUCCACACCCCUGUGUUUUGUUUGUCCACCAUAUUUCCUGCUUUUGAUGCUUUAAUUACAUUAGAAUUUCUAACUAACAUGAUUAGUCUCUUUCUUUAUCCCCCUCCAUGG